AUGGUUACAAUAAUCAAAAACCAGCUAUUGAAACACUUAUCCAGAUAUACAAAGAAUUUAUCACCUGAACAAAUAUCAUUGUCAGCCCUUCGAGGCUCUGGUGAGCUUCAGGAUUUGACCUUAGAUGAAGAUUUAUUGACAGAAUUGUUGGAACUUCCUGGCUGGGUGCGCUUGACGUCAGCUAAGUGCAACCGUGCCUCAUUUAGAAUACAAUGGACCAAGCUAAAAACAGUACCCAUUGUUUUGAACCUAGACGAAGUGCACAUAGCAUUGGAAGUAUGUGCGGAGCCACGGGUCAUGAAUCCCAAUGCGGCAGCGGCUAUGCCUGUUCCUGGGAAAUAUAGUUACAUACAUAAGGUCAUAGAUGGUAUCUCAGUGGCUGUGAAUCAUGUUCAAAUAGAUUUUAAUUGUGAUGCAUUCACCAGUAGUGUUCAGAUCUCAAGAGUGACGGUAGAGUCACGCACACCGGAUGGCAGGAAGGGUGAUCUAAGACUGACUAGAAUCAAGUCACCCGACACUGGACAGCUGCUUAUAUUUAAGGAAUUGGAGUGGCAAAGUGCCAGAAUAGAGGCGAAGGCGCAUGGGGUAGCGGCAGCUAAUUUGCCGCCUUUGCGUCUUCUACUCGGAACAGCGCAUUGUCGCAUUGUGAUUAAGAAACGUCUGGCUGAUUGUGCAGUGCUCGGUUCGCGUUUAGUGUUGCGUCCUGAGCCGUUGGCGUGGGCGUUAACGGACGGACAGUUACGUGCAGCGGUCGCGUGCGCGGCCGCAUUGGCCGGACCAGUACAUAAAGCGACGCAGCUUGCUACUAGGACUAAAGCUGCUAAAAAGAUAGAGGAACCAGUGCAACAGAUAUCGAGCCGAUCCAGUUCAAGCGAGCGGGACAUACUCGCUCGAAUGUUCGCGAAACAUGACGUACGAGAAACAUCCUACCAUUUGCUGGCACCGAGGAUCGACUUGCAUCUGUGUGAUGAUCCAGGAUUGGGUAGAUCAGAAAUGCCACAACUGGCGAACGGUGGCGCUCUCCAAGUGACGCUGGUCAGUAUGCAAGCGGAUCUCUUCCCCUAUCACAAGGCUUCUGAUGAUAGAAGGCAUUGGAGGGGAUAUAGAGAAGCAGCCACUCCUCACAGUCAGUGGUUAUCGCAGGCUCUGUCCUCUUUCUGUGGAUCUCUGUUAGAUCUCUUGGAUCCUAAGCCGGUCACGCCCAGUGCAAAGCCUAGUAGUAGAGAAGAGAAAAAUGAAGAGUCGCUACCGAACGGCGUAAGUCAUAAGCCGGCCUCGCAGACAUCUACUUCUAAUGCUCCGUCCACACAAACUACCUCACAAGCAUCGCCAACAAGAACCAGAAUACUCCAGCAGUUGGGCAAACUGAUGACUACUUGCUUAGUUUUAAGAAUAGAUGACUUUACGGUUUACAAGGUAUCAACAGGUUCUAAGUCGAGAGAAGCCCCUCGACCACUAGUUAGCGCAGAAAAGGCCACAUUGCCCGGUGAUGCUGGACUUUUACACGCUGAACUCACUUUCUUCUAUUAUCCGGGGGAUGUAUGCUUUCCUGUGCCAUCGCCAAAAAUGUACGUACAAGUGUCGCCCGUGCGCGUGAACGUAGACGUACCGAGCAUAGUUUGGUUGACGGCGUUCCUUCCGCACGUGGCCGCCGCGGUUGCUUCGACUACCACGGAUGACUCAUCUACAUAUAUGGAUGUACGUUCGGAGGUUAUUAUGCCCAAGAUAGUGUUAGAAGCAGGCCCGGAACAUAUAUCCCAACAGCGUGACAGGCCCAAGGAGUUGCACGUUUGUACUGCACGGGUCACAUUCACAAAUGUGCGGGAAUCAGCAAGAGCUAAUACAGCAGGCACAAGAGCGGAUUUAGCGUCCAUAAUCGCCGCUUUACGUCGCCUAACUCCACGCGGCCAUUUUCCAUGCGCAGACGACGAUAUGGACCCCAUACACCAGCAGUUUGUUUUACAUGCAGAUAGUCUGGACGACAUAGAUCGCGGCAAUUCAGUGACUCCUGAAUUACUUUGGCGCGAGAAUCGUUCAAUUUGGUGCGCAAGAGCCGAACCUUUAUGGAUCGACUUUAGCGGCGCAAGAGCUACUAACUAUAAACCCUCACCCCUGCUUGACGCCACACCUUUGACCGCAUGGUUAUGUUUUGAAGACGGCUUCAAUCGUAUCUGGAUGAUUGGGCGGACCUGUGGUUUGGCUGGUUUACAAAUUAACCACUACCAGCUGCUGUUCCUGCUGAGACAGCUGGAGAAGCUCUCGGAACUCACAGCUUGGCUCUCACACCAGGCUGGGAGGAUGCCUGAGGAUCCUGGCACAAUUGUGGUAGGAAUGGUGGUUCCAGCUGUGGAAAUGACGUUAGUGCUUCCAACGAGUUGUCCCGGACAGGAAACCUCUUCCAGAGAUCUGGACAGUGUUCCACUCGACUCAUCCAGCUUACAGGACCUGAAAAUGGGCACCUCCCUAGGUUCCGAAUCCACGAUGGCUCCGUCAAUGAUGGACAGAGAUAGCGGGCUCCUAGCCACGCACUCCAUAGAAGUGUGCACGGCGCAAGCUUUGCCCGCUGAAGAAUUAGCACCAGCCAGCCCUGGCCUUGGAUUUAGCAGUUUCUCGUCCAUGCGCCGAGGUCUGACAUCUCUGGUGACGUCAAUUGAUAGUGCCCUGACCCGUGAUGAAGGCAGAAGUGACGCCGCAUCAACGGCGAGUUCUGACAGCGAGCGAUAUGUCAUUGUGGGACUUGCUGCUGAAUCACCCUUGGAUGCUGAUAUGGCAUUCAGGGAAUUCGAACACGGUCGCACUUGUAACAGUGGCGUGGAAAUGGCUGCGGAGGUGGUGGAAAGAUCAUCAUCACCUUCAGACCACUCCAUCACCAGCUCGUGCAAACGGAGAGAUUUGAUUUCCACGUGUACUUGGCGUCUGAACAACAUCUUCCUCGUUCAACAAAGUGUUCCGGGAAAAACGUCUUUACGUCUAACAGCAGAUGACCUAAACUCCGACGAAUGCUCUUCCAUACCUUGGGAUGAAUUUCAGAGUAAAUUUUCAAUGCGCGCUCGGGCUUGGAACGAACCUGUUGCGAGUGAAGAUGACACGAAACCGCGGGAUUGUCCGAAGAUCGCUGCUAGGCUUGUUAGGAUUGAACAGCCUAAGGAGUUGAAUGACAAGGGUGAACCAACCGGACUUGCACCAUUUGAAGAGUUACUUGAAGCUCAGAUUAAAGACUUGAUGAUGUCCUUAAAUAUGAGUACGGCACUUGCACUGUCGGAGUUUAUUGAGGAUGAGGUCAUUGCACCCCCUAUGCCUUUGGAAGUUCUAAUAUCCAAUCUAAAACUCCAUCUAAUAGAAGAUAGACCGACCAGGUCCAUUUCCUCUCCACCACCACAGCCAUUAGACUUGGAUUUAACUACCCUUCGACUCACACGGGACACGAAAGGCAUUGUCCACUUGGGACCGCCACAAGUUGAGACUCCGAAACCACAGAAUCCGCCAGAAUUGAAAGAGGCUAAAAAGGAGAUUGAGAGGUUGAAUAAGGAGAACGAGGAGUUGAGGAAACGGCUCGCUACUAUGGACAGGAUUUCGGAGGAUAAUCGGGAGUUGAGGGCUGUGGCUGAAGAAGUGUCGGUAUUGCGACAUUGCGCACGCGCAGCGCAACAGGAAGCGUCGAAACUUUUAGCUGAUAAACAAGAAUUGUUGGAAAGUUUGCGAUUGAUGAUGGAACAAAAUAUGUCGACAACAUCCCGUGGGAAGAGGUAG